GCAGGAUCGCAAGCGCGAUGUUUGCUCGGUGAGGUGGCGGGUCGGUCGUUAGUUCCGGAGUUUCGUCCACGCGCGCGGUUACCCCGAAAUCGAGAAAAGGAAUCCUCGGGAAUCGAUUGACCGCGCGUGCUUGCCGUCUGCUACGAGCGACCAUGGAAAGUUAGGUUAGGCGAAAGGAUUUCCGAGCGAGGUGGUCGUCGUCCUUCCUGUUCUUCCGGGCUGCGACGUACGCCAGGACGCAUCUCCGGUUGCCGAUGAAGCGAGACGAUCGGUGGGAGCGGCAUGUGCGGACUCCGAGGAUGACGUAAGGUGACGGGCGAAUCGACGGGGCCGUUGAUUCAAGUUGCUUCCACGUUGGGACCGCAGAAGACGAGAUUGUAGAAAUUCCGCCGAGCCGAAAAGUGGAAUUCUGGGGGAAAGGAAAGGACGCCAAAAUGGGAGAACGCAAGGGUCCGAAGGCCCUGGAGCUGUGGUGCCGAAGGAUCACCGAGGGGUAUCCUGGGGUAAACGUGCAGAACAUGACCACCUCGUGGCGAGACGGUCUCGCCUUCUGCGCAAUGAUCCAUCACUUUCGUCCUGAUCUCAUAGACUUCGACAGCCUACACAAGGAUGACGUUUACGGGAAUAACGAAUUGGCCUUUCGUGUCGCUCAGCAGCAUCUGGGGAUUCCGGCACUUCUCGAUGCAGAGGACAUGGCUUCCUGCACGGUGCCAGAUCGAUUGUCGAUCCUGACUUACCUCGCACAGUUUUAUCAGACCUUCGGAGCCUCCUCGCCCAGCAGGCUGGCUACGAACAGACCGACCGAAAUGCCCGACGGAAGAAUCGCUCCAGUCCCGACGUCUCCUCCACCCAAGACGGAUCAGCGAGUGGCGAUGCGGAGAGAUGCGUGUUCGAUCUGCGGACUUCCGGUAUUCCUGGCAGAGAAGUUGGUCAUCUCGAGGACGGUUUAUCACAGGACGUGCUUCCGGUGCGCACGCUGCAACAACCAGCUUACCCUCGGGAACUACUACGAAACCGAGGAUGGUCAAUACUGUUGCGAGACGUGUCCCGACGAAGAAAAAGCAUCAUCCGAUCCGAUUGCAGGUACUACGCGCAGAGUCCCCAAAAUUCUUGACCAUCCGGCGUCUUCCGAGGUCCGGAUGUCUCUCAGCGACGAGGAAAAGUCGGAGAGACGCACCGUGACGUCAAAGGACCCUGAAAAAUCGGAGAAGCUCGACUUCUGGGUCAGAAAACAAUCAAAUGGCGCUUCGCAAACUGCGAAAAGUAGGCUGAACUUUAUGACGGAUUACUUGCUCUCGGGAGAAAAGGACGAAAUUUCGGUUGUUCGGGUCCCCCCAAGUUUCGCGGACGACGGAUCGAACUUGCAGCGUGAUUCCCCGUUGACCGCAUCCAGCGAUUCUAUUUCUUCGCUGACUGCCUCUCGCGAGGACAUUGCGGAGGAAUAUCAAGUAACUGAAAAUGGUCGCGUCCCAACGAGUGGCUGCGCCUCUGACGGAACGUUCUGGAAUCGGAUCGGGAAAGCCAACACGGAUAGUGAUCGCAGCGCCCCCGUCGAGCAGCUUCGGAACGAAAGUAAAGCACAAGACGGGGAUAAUGGCGCAGGUAGCGGAGACUCCUGGAAAGGGUCCAACGAGGGUGAUGUCAAGAAAGAACGCGGCAAACCCCAGAAAAAUGAAACUGGAAACGGAGACGCCGAUAGUGACCUCGGCACCCCUAACGGGAUGCGUAGGAACCAAACUAGGGAGUGGGACAUUAAGAACAAACGUAGCGCCCUCGAUGACACCCCGAAGGAGAAUGUAGAUAGUUCUGUAAAUAAUUAUUUAGAGACUAACGUUAACGGUACGCAAAGCGAUAAUCAGUUACUUCCUGCUAUUUCAACCCCUGACGCGAGUCGCGUCGAGUUAGUUUUUAAGAAAAGUACCAAAGACGCGCCCAAGAUUACCGAAAGCAAGGACAAGGGAGAAGGGAACUUGUCGCUGGUGCAGAGACGGCUCAAGAUGUUCGAAAGCCAAGGCGAUAAAAAAGCCGAAAGGACGAGCAGGAUCGUGGAUGCUGCGAGAGUUACGGAAUGCGGUGCCGAAGACGUCACGGACAGGGGCACUUCGGAACAGCAGCCGAGUGCUCUAGGACAAUCCCUAGCCUCGUCCAAUUUAUCGGAGCAAAAGGAGUCUAAAUCUCUGGAAAAGGUUCCUGUCGACUCGCCGAGAAUUCCUGAAAAUACUUUGGAAUUGCCCGGGUGGAGGGAAUCGGUGACUCGGCUCGCGGACGUUCAUCCUUUAAAAGCACCCGAGAGUCCUAGCGGAAUAACGAAGAGGGCAGAACCUUCGGAGAUUACUCCCCCGAAAUUAAAACAACGAUUGCACAGCACGGACAAUCGGAGUGGGGCACUUAAAAACUUAAAUACUUCUGAAAACUAUCCGGAGAACUUGAAUCCCUUUGGGAGCGACGACGAGGACACGUCGGAAGACGGGACCCGGCAACGGUCGAGUCUAGAUAAUUCGAAGAACACCGAAGUGUCGACGAAUCCUUUCGACGAAACCGACGAUGAAGAAUUCAUCGAGGAAGUGACUCCUCCUCGGCCUGCUGCUCGAAAUCGGGAUGCAUCUCAGGCGCCCACCAAAAGGAGGCUUCAAGCACCCCAGAUAAAUUUGAAUCCAUUUUGGAGCGACGACGAGGAACACGACGAUGAAACCGUUUGCACGGACCAGACCGUGUCGGUACCAAUUCCUAAACCACGUUCAGUCAAGCAGGUUUCCGAGACGAGUGGAUAUCGGCCAAAGACUGACCUGAAUCGAAGCAGUGUUUAUGCCUCCAACAAUUCGAUAGCCAGCACUGGAUCGAGCAGCACACCUGGCGGUACCUAUCGGAAAAAGAAGCCAGCUCCUCCACCACCAACCACGCAACAAGUCUUUUCCGACGAGGGCGGUUCCACUCGGAUUUCCACCAUCCCGUCCGACGAUUCCCCAUUGGCCAGUUUGCCGAAUUCUUCUCCUCGGACAACACCGCGACUGCGCAAAUCAAGACUUGCCCCCCCGCCGCCGACGCCGACCAGCGUUCCAUGCAUCACUUCUGCCACUCCAAUAUCGGGCUCAGAUGAAUCACCGAUCACAAACCCACAAGAAAUCGACGCCGACAAGCCAAAAAUAUGGGAUGAACAGAAGAGUAAUAAAGACGAAGCGAACAGAAGUAAACAAUCCGUGGUAACCGUAAUUGCAGAGAAAAAUGACGAGGUGCACUCGUACGUCCCGCAUCCGGACAAGAGCGUACAGGGCAAGUGGAAGAGGAAAAAGGGUCCAGCGCCAUCUCGGCCAAUUCCCCAUAGACGAAAGAUUAAAGUAAUGUCCAUGAAAGACGUAAAGUUAGAACUGGAUGAAAUUGAAUUGCAACAGCAGGGAUUGGAGAAGCAAGGGGUGAGACUGGAGCAGCUUAUUCGACAUAAGUCGGAAAGUGGUCUAGUGACCGAGGAUUCGAGCUUGAGUUCAUACGUGGAAGAACUAGUGCUGGAACUUUUCGCACUCGUGAAUGAGAAAAAUGAACUGUUCAGAAGACAAGCAGAAUUGAUGUUACUCAGACGACAGCAGAGAUUAGAAGAGGAGCAUGCCGAAGUCGAGUAUCAAAUUCGUUGUCUUAUGAAUCAACCAGAGGCGACGAAGACUGACUUUGAUAAACAGCACGAAGAAGGGUUGAUACAGAGAUUGCUAGAGAUAGUAGAAAGACGUAACCAAAUUGUCGAAUGCCUCGAAAUGGACCGACGCAGAGAAGUCGAAGAAGAUCUCAGUAUAAACAGACAAAUAGGAUUGUUUGUAGCGAGAAGCAAAGGAGACCUCGCACAUAAUUGUGAACACUCGAAUCGCUCAAACAAACAGAAGAAAGGAAAAGUCAAGGAGAAAAAAUCAAAAGGUUAUAAAAAGGAUGUUGACAAGGACAUUGACGAAGCGGAAGCCAAACUGAAACAUGUGAAUAAAAAGAAAUGGUUUUGAAAACGCGAACAAUGUAUGCUGUUGUCAAAUGAUAAUUGAACAUAAUUACUUAUCCUAAGGACUAUCUGAUACUUUUAUAAAUAUUUUUAAUGUUGUUUUAUAUGUGAAUCAGGGUAGUUAAAUAAGAACGAUAAAAGUACUGAUUCGGUAGAAAGACAUUUCAUGAUUUUCAUUAGGUGUAUUUAAAGUACUUAUGCUGUAUGUAGAGUUAAAUAUUGAUUUCUUUUACAUACGUCAAUUUGCGUACAUGGAGAUUGUUCAUCUGCAACAAACUGCUACCAAAUGUUAUUCUUAUUGUUUUCCAUUACCUUUUUUUGUUAUAUACCCAUUAAAAUGUUCCUCUAUCGUUA